UCUGCUGUAAAAGUCUUUUUCAUUGAUAAAUUUUGCGUAUCGCUGUUGGAUGAUGAACCAUAAAAUUGUCUUAAUUUUGUCGGAAGUAUAUUGAGCUGUUAUAUAAAUUUAUGAAGUAUUCAGUUUAGUGCUCAUAUUAGUUAAACUACAUUUUGAAGAUUUUUACUUUAUAUUCUCAUCAAAUAUGGCUCUAUUAUUAAAAAGUGUACAGUCAUCUCUAAUAAGACGAUCAAUCUUCAAUAACUCUCCGAUUAUAUACCGAAGCAUAACAAUGCAAGUUAAAAAUGCUCAAGAAGUUCAGUACAAACCUGGUGAAACUCAUGAUGAAAAAAAUUCUCGUCUUAAUAGACCUAUGUCUCCACAUCUUACCAUAUACCAAUUACAAUUAACAACUAUUCUUUCUAUAACACAUCGUGGAACAGGAGUUGCAUUAAGUGGUCUUACAGCUGCUGCUGGAUCAGUAUUUCUAUUUUAUGAUGUUCCAACAUUUUUGGAAUAUGUGAGAGCUCUAGAUAUGCCAAUAGCAUGUCUUCUAGCAACUAAAGCAAUGAUUGCAUUUCCAUUCUUCUACCACUACUUAAAUGGAAUAAGACACCUAGAUUUGAGGUAUGGGAUGCUGGAAAAUGCUUAACAAUAAAGCAAGUUUACUCAACUGGAUAUGGAGUUAUAGCUGGUACUAUAGUUAUUUCUAUACUCUCUUUAAUAAUAAGUAAUUAAGACCAUAAAUACUCUAUAGUGUAAAAGAUAAUGAAUUCUUUUGAAUAAAAUAUUGUUACUCCUAAAAUACAAAUUUUUUUUUAUGAUUAUCAUAUCAUAAUAAAGGGUCUUCAAACAA